UUACUGUGGACACCUUUGCUCCAUCUGGGAGGCCAUGGCCUCGCACGUGCAGGUCCAGCACUGCUGGAUGACCACGUCAGACGAGCCCCGGACACCUUGACAAGCAGUCGAUGGUCAUGAGGCCACGGGUGGUCUCUGAUGGUCUCUUCACUGCGUGAGCUCUUUGUUUGACCUCUGCAAUCGGCCUGCAAGGCGCUGCAUGCAUGCCAUGCACCACAGCAUGCUUGGCCAUGAAACCUUGGGGGGAUAUGACACGCAACAUCUUCAUUUCUGCUUUUGACUCGUCGUCUGCACGGCACUCAUUGAUAUCUAUCCGACCAUCGAAAUGGUCUUCUCUUCACCACACGGCGUGAUUCCGAUCCCCAAGGACAAGACAGCUUGGGACUGGGUCGAGGAGCAUGCCGCCAACAUCCCAAACAAACCCGCCUACAUUUGCGCCAUCACCGAGCGAACACUGACGUUCGCGGACGUCCACGACCAAGCUCGGAAGAUUUGUGCUGCAUUGGCUGCCGAGGGCAUCAAGAAGGGAGAUGUUGUGACGCUGCACUCGUUUAACUGCGUGGAAUACCCGGUUAUCUUUCUGGCACUAACCCGCCUUGGUGCCGUGUGCUCCACCGCGUCGCCGAUGUUUAACGAACACGAACUCGCUGACCAAAUGAAGCACUCGGAGUCCGUUGCGAUCAUCACUAACGCCAAGACGGUGGACAUCGCCGUUAAAGCUGCGUCGAUCAGCGGAAUCGACUUGAACCGAGUCUACACCAUUGGACACGCCGACAUCUCCGUCAAAUUGAUGUCGAUUGAGGACAUGCUAGCGAAGGACAUUCCGUUCCCGAACUUGCCUCCAGUGGACCCGGAAGCCAUCGUCGCUAUGCCUUUCUCUAGUGGCACCACUGCUCGACCGAAAGGUGUGCUUCUGACUGGACGCGCAUUGUUCGCUGGUGCCAUGAUGUCCAGUCAUUCGGAGAAAGAUAUGGAGUACACAAUGACUGUACUACCGUUCUUCCACAUCAUGUCCACGUUGCUGUUCCACAUGGCCUUCUACCGUGGCUGGGGGACGAUCAUCCUGCCUAAAUUCAUGCCGGAGGAAUACCUCAGUGCCAUUGUCAAGUACAAAGUCUGGAACGUUUAUGUGGCGCCGCCCAUUGUCCAGUUCUUCGCCAAACACCCGAUUGUGGACAAAUACGACCUGUCCUGCCUCAAAUAUAUCGGCGCAGGUGGAGCUCCUAUGGGUACUGAGGUGGAGGAGGCGGUGUUCAAGCGUAUUGGAGCCAAGGUGGGCCAAGGCUACGGUAUGACCGAGCUGUGUGGACCCGUGACGAUGCCGGCUUACGAGAUCAACCGACCCGGUUCGGUUGGUCAGUUGUUGCCUAACUCUCAACUUCGUGUAGUAUCACUUAGCAACGGAGAGGAAUUGGGAGCGAACGAAGUGGGCGAGUUGUUGAUUCAUACCCCCGCUAUGAUGGAGGGAUACUACAAGAGCCCGGAAGAGACCAAGAAGUCGAUCACACAGGAUGGCUUCGUCCACACUGGCGAUGUUGGCUACAUCGACAAUGAUGGCUUCAUCUUCAUCGUCGACCGAGUUAAGGAGAUGAUCAAAUACAAGGGACAUCAAGUGGCCCCUGCUGAACUGGAGGACGUUCUACACGGCCAUCCAGCCGUCGUUGACUCCUGCUGUGUGCGUGGCAAAGACUUGAAAUCUAGUGAAGAGAUCCCGAAGGCGUUUGUGGUGCUACGGGAAGGUGCUUCCAGCACCCCUGAAGAGAUCAUGACGUUUGUGGGCGAGAAAGUAGCUCCGUACAAACGCAUCCGCCAAGUUGAGUUCGUGGACGCGAUUCCUAAGACGAUGUCGGGCAAGAUUUUACGCCGUCAACUGCAACUGCGCGAGGAUAACACGAUUAAAGCAGCGACGAUGCCCUGAAUAUCGCAAAAAGUAACACAGAUCCAAUAGCAAUCCAAAAUGAUAUUUUGCACCAAAGAUGUUGACUGUGAG